GCGCCCGCCCUCCCCAUUAUUCCCCACUCCCUCAGCGGUUUUCGUAGCCGGUUCGAGAGAUGCCGGUGGCAGUGACUGGCUGCGGCGGGCCCGCCUCCCGGGCUCUUCGCCUCUGCCGCCGCCAUUACGGAGCUCCCUGUGGUUGACUUUUCACCACACUGAAACCAUUAGGAAAAAUCCUUGUGGUUAACAGCAGAGGCUUCAGAGUGUAACCUGUACUCGGGCCUAGAAAUUAUUUUAAAUGGCGACUGAUAUGUCUCAAGGUGAACUCGUCCAUCCUAAGGCACUCCCACUUAUAGUAGGAGCUCAGCUGAUCCACGCGGACAAGUUAGGUGAGAAGGUAGAAGAUAGCACCAUGCCGAUUCGUCGAACUGUAAAUUCUACCCGAGAAACUCCUCCCAAAAGCAAGCUUGCUGAAGGGGAGGAAGGAAAGCCAGAACCAGAUAUAAGUUCAGAGGAAUCGGUCUCCACUGUAGAAGAACAAGAAAAUGAAACUCCACCUGCAACAUCUAGUGAGACAGAACAGCCGAAGGCAGAACCUGAGAAUGAAGAAAAGGAAGAAAAGAAGUCCUCUGAGGAAACCAAAAAGGAAGAGAAAGAGCAGCCUAAAGAAAAGGAGAAGAAAGUGAAAAAAACAAUACCUUCCUGGGCUACUCUUUCUGCCAGCCAGCUUGCGAGGGCCCAGAAACAGACACCGAUGGCUUCCUCCCCACGUCCCAAGAUGGAUGCGAUCCUAACUGAGGCCAUUAAGGCAUGCUUCCAGAAGAGUGGUGCAUCAGUUGUUGCUAUUCGAAAAUACAUUAUUCAUAAGUACCCUUCUCUGGAGCUGGAGAGAAGGGGCUACCUUCUUAAACAAGCACUGAAAAGAGAAUUAAAUAGAGGUGUCAUCAAACAGGUAAAAGGGAAAGGUGCUUCUGGGAGUUUUGUUGUGGUCCAGAAAUCCAGAAAAGCCCCUCAGAAAUCCAGAAACAGAAAGAACAGGAGCUCGGCAGUGGAUCCAGAACCACAAGUAAAAUUGGAGGAUAUCCUCCCACUGGCCUUCACUCGCCUUUGUGAACCUAAAGAAGCUUCCUACAGCCUCAUCAGAAAAUAUGUGUCUCAGUAUUACCCUAAACUUAGAGUGGACAUCAGACCUCAGCUGUUAAAGAAUGCCCUGCAGAGAGCAGUAGAGAGAGGCCAGUUAGAACAAAUAACUGGUAAAGGUGCUUCUGGAACAUUCCAGCUGAAGAAAUCAGGGGAGAAACCCCUCCUUGGUGGAAGCCUGAUGGAAUAUGCAAUCUUGUCCGCCAUUGCUGCCAUGAAUGAACCGAAGACCUGCUCCACCACUGCUCUGAAGAAGUAUGUCCUGGAGAACCACCCAGGGACCAAUUCUAACUAUCAAAUGCAUUUGCUGAAGAAAACCCUGCAAAAAUGCGAAAAGAAUGGGUGGAUGGAACAGAUCUCUGGUAAAGGAUUCAGUGGUACCUUCCAGCUCUGUUUUCCCUAUUAUCCCAGCCCAGGAGUUUUAUUUCCAAAGAAAGAGCCAGAUGAUUCUCAAGAUGAGGAUGAAGAUGAAGAUGACUCAUCAGAAGAAGACUCUGAGGAUGAAGAGCCUCCACCUAAGAGAAGGCUGCAGAAGAAAACCCCGGCCAAGUCGUCAUGGAAGGCCGCCCCCGUGAAGCAGCGAGGGUCCAAGCCUGGGCCCAAAGUCCCAGCUGCCCAGCGGGGGAAGGCGAGGCCCCUGCCCAAGAAAGCCUCUCCCAAGGCCAAAACUCCUGCCAAGAAAGCCAAACCCUCACCCUCAGUCAUCAAGAAGCCCAGUGGUGGCUCUUCAAAGAAGCCUGUGGCCAGUGUGAGAAAGGAGGUGAAGUUGCCUGGCAAGGGCAAAUCCACCGUGAAGAAAUCUUUCAAAGCAAAAAAGUACCCUGCUCUGGCCCAGGGCGUUCCACUCCCUCACCGGCGAGCACGAGUCCUCUCCACCAUUGGUGUCUGACUGAAGAGGAAAUACGAGAAUAUUGAAUUUGUGAUUUAUGGUGUCACCUGUGUUAGCAAAACUCAAAACAUAAAAUCUUGAUCAAAUGUUUAAAUAUAUUUUUAAUAUUGGAAGCAUGAAUUCUCACUUCUCGUUUGUCUUUUUUUAUAAGGAAAUGUUGGAGAGUUACAUCAUUGCUAAUGUGGAAAUGUUAAGUGGAAAAACAAACACUUUGCAAAAUAAACUAGAUUCCAGAUCCAUCCGUGGGUUCUUUUCCCCUCCUUCCUUUCCUCAGCACUUUUAAUAUCAAGCAAGUGGCUUCCUUUUUGAGACUUUUUUUUUUUUUUUUUUAAUGAAAUGAAGCCCAACUACCUAACCUCUUAUUUGUUUUGUUUUAGUAUUGUGAAGUUGUGUUAAAUAGUACUGGCUUUCUACUUGAGAAAUACUGAUUUUGGUUACCAUUUAUCCUCCCCAUGGCACUUGACAUUUUAAUUGUCUUAAACUUUUUGGUGUACAUCUUCUGGCCCGCGUGCUGCCAGAAGCAAAAACGGUUUGUUUCAUUCAUUCCACUUGCGUUGUCUCCCGGGAUCCCGUCUGCAGCCUGAAGUCUGGCUGGGAAAUGGACUUGAGAAGGUUGGCUUGAUCAGACUCAUAAUUAUGUGUGAUCCCAUCAUGAGUUAAUUGGAAUUUGUGUCGCAUGUAAGGCAAUCUUUCCUGUUGUAAAUCUUCCUUUUUUUAUGUACAUAUAUUUUGAAAAAUAUGAAUAAACAUGAAAUUUUAAAAGCUGCUGAA